AUGAGUGCUUUUGAAUUUGCAUCUAUUGAGAUAAAAAAUAAUAGAGAACUUGUAAUGGAACUAGUUAAGAAAUGUGGAUGGAUGUUUGAAUAUGCCUCAAAACAACUAAGAGGUGACAGAGAAAUUGUAACAGAAGCUAUUAACCGACAUGCUGACAUUGUUUAUAAACAUGUAUCAAAGGAAUUAAGAAAUGACAGACAGUUGGCAAUGAUAGCAAUUAAAAACCAUGCAAGUUUACUUGCAUACGCCUCAGAGGAAAUUAGAAAUGACAAGGAAAUUGUAAUGGAAGCUAUUAAGGGUAAAAGAGAAACGCUCAAAACACAAAUCCAACUGCAUUUUCUGUAA